GCAAACAGACACCAGAGAAAGACGAGAGAGAAAAAAUAUGACAGAUCAUUGCGAUCGUGUGUAGAUGAUUGUUGCUCGUGAAGAAUAUAAGCGCCUCUAGAGUCUUUAAAUAAAACUUAACUUAACUUACGAUUCUCUUUUAAUUACAAUACAUACAAGUAAGAUAUAAAAAGAGUAUUUAACGUAAUAAAACAGUUAUAAAAGUGAGAGUAAGAGAGAGCGCAACAUCAUCGUGAUUGUUGGGCCGAUCAUCAACAUCGUCAUUAUUUGAAAAGAGUCCUUCAAUCCCGUUUUUACUUUUUUUUUUUUAAUUUUUUCUCUGGAUAUUUUUAUACGGUACAUAAACACUGUUGUAAAAGUUUUUUAAUCGUGGCAAAGAUAUUUAGUCUUAUCUUUUAAAUUUUAUAAAAAUGGGGGACGUCAUAGAUUGCAAUUUUCCUGUAUGGGGCCUUUUGCCGAAAAAAGAAACUGGAGUUAAUCAAUUUCUUAUUAAAUAUCCAGAAUACGAUGGUCGUGGUACCGUUAUUGCUAUUUUUGAUUCUGGAAUUGAUCCUGGUGCUCCAGGAUUGCAGGUGACAAGUGAUGGAAAACCGAAAAUUUUAGCACGCUUUGACUGCAGUGGUGACGGAGAUGUUGAUACAAGUACUGUAGUACAAUCAGAGGAAGGCUUUAUAACUGGUAUUACUGGACGUAAGCUAAAGAUACCAUUUAAUUGGACAAAUCCAACUGGUAAUUAUCAUAUUGGUGUUAAAGAGGCCUACCGUCUAUAUCCUACAAAGUUACGUGAAAAAAUAUCCGCUGAACGUAAGAAAAAAUAUUGGGAUGAUGGUCAUAAGUCAGCAUUAGCUGAGGCAACGCGAAAGCUUCAGGAGUUUGAGGCGAGUCAUCCUAAUCCAACGAGUGUAGAAGAUAAGUUGGUCAAAGAAGAGUUGGAAACAAGAGUUGAAGUGUUGCAAAAUGGAGAAAAAAAAUAUCAUGAUGCAGGUCCAACAUAUGACUGCGUUGUUUAUCACGAUGGACAACAGUGGAGGGUGUGUAUUGAUACAUCUGAGGAAGGUAAUUUGGAGGCAGGAAUUCAUCUCGGUGAAUAUUCACUUACCCAUGAGUAUGCUCCUUUGACUCAGCAAGAUCAAUUGAAUAUUUCUGUUAAUAUUCACGAUGAAGGCAAUACUCUUGAAAUCGUAGGAAUAUGCGCAAGUCACGGAACGCACGUAGCGUCAAUAGCUGCGGCGAAUUUUCCUGAUAAUAAAGAGCUAAAUGGAGUAGCACCGGGUGCUCAAAUAAUAUCCCUAACGAUCGGCGAUAACCGUAUAGACCCAAUGGAAACUGGAACAGCUUUAGUCCGCGCAAUGAUUUGGAUAAUGCAAAAUAAAAUAAAAGUCCAUGUGAUAAAUAUGAGCUAUGGCGAACAGGUGCACUGGAGUAAUUCCGGGCGUAUAUUUGAUUUAAUGAACGAGGUAGUUGACAAGUACGGAGUAACAUGGGUUGCAGCUGCUGGUAAUUUCGGACCAGCUUUGUGUACCAUUGGAACACCGCCUGAUAUUAAUUCAACAAACAUUAUCAGCGUGGGAGCUUACGUAUCGCCGGAUAUGAUGGUAGCCGAGUACUCGUUGCGUGAAAAGAUGCCGGGUAUGCCCUACACAUGGUCGUCUCGCGGUCCGAUGGUUGACGGAGGUACUGGUAUCACGUUAUGCGCUCCAGGAGGUGCAAUUACCAGCGUGCCCAACUUUACAUUGAGAAAAAGCCAAUUGAUGAACGGGACCAGCAUGGCCAGUCCCCACGUAGCUGGGGCAAUUGCUCUGUUAAUCUCAGGUCUUCAUGAUAAACACUGUCCUUACUCUCCAUAUAGUAUAAAACGUGCUCUAGAGAACACAGCUUUAUACAUAGACACCCUUGACUCAUUUGCUCAAGGCUCUGGGCUUUUGCAAGUUGAACGGGCGUUUGAGAAUCUUGUCGCCAACUGCAAAGCAAUUGAGUGUGACGUCAGAUUUGCAAUUAACUGUGGUGUUAACAACUCCAAGGGUAUUCACUUAAGAUCUGGCGUAAUCGACCGUCCGAAAGAUUGUGCAAUAACUGUUGAACCUAUAUUCCUAGACACUGAAAAUGUCGACGCAACCCGUAAAAUAAAUUUCAAUUUACGAUUAUCGCUAGUAUGUGACGCUGCUUGGGUACAAUUUCCUUCUCACUUUGAAUUAAUGCAUAUGUCACGUGCCUUUACCGUUCGUAUUGACGGUGUUAAACUACCAGAAGGUGUUCAUGCGACAAAUAUACGUGCCUAUGACGUUGAAAAUGUCGAAAAAGGUCCAGUAUUUUCAAUACCUAUUACUGUCGUUCAGCCAUUGGCAAUACAAAAAUCAAUGAAUUUACCAGAUCUUCACUACUCACGUGUUCUCUUCAAAGCAAACACCAUUGUAAGGCACUUUAUUUUGGUGCCUGAAGAUGCUACUUGGGCUGUGCUGAAAAUAAAAAGCACUGACAAAGAAAAGACUGGUAGGUUUGCUGUUCAGACAGUACAAUUGAAACCACGCUUAGCUUGUCGCACGCUUCAUACUAAUAAAAUGAUAAAUGUCACCUCACAAUCGGAAUCUGUCCAAGGAUUUUCCGUCCAGGCUGGUCUUGUAGUUGAAGUUGUUAUUGCUAAAUAUUGGGCCAAUCUUGGUGAAAUACACGUUGAUUAUUCUAUUGAAUUUCACGGUAUUCAUAUAGUAGAUAGCAAUCUCACAAUGCAAUCUGGUGAUGGCAUCCAUCGUAUGGAAUUACGCAGUAGCUUGAGAAAUGAGGAUAUUGUACCGAAUGUUACAUUAAAAUCAAUUGUUCAGGUAUUAAGACCAACUGAUUAUAAAAUAUCACCGCUUGGUGCACGUGACGUAAUACCACCCGCUCGUCAAAUUUAUGAAUUGCAAUUGACGUACACAUUCCACAUUGCCAAAGCUACUGAGGUAACACCAAAUGCCGCUUAUUUGAGUGACUUACUCUAUGAAAGCGAGUAUGAAAGCCAAUUGUGGAUGCUUUAUGACUGUAAUAAACAUCUCAUUUUUUCUGGUGACGCUUUUCCUUGGAAGUACACUGUUAAAAAAUUAGAAAAAGGCGACUAUACAUUAAAAAUGCAUGUACGUCACGAAAAGAAAGAUUUAUUAGAACGAUUGACAGAAAUGGCAAUACUGUUAAGUCAAAAAUUAAGCUCGCCUGUUAGUUUAGAUGUUUAUGCCAAUCAUUCGCAAGCUAUUGUCGGUGGAAAAAAAAUGGUGGCUGCUACUGUGCCACCAGGACAUAUUCUUCCAGUUUAUAUCGCUCCAAUGAACAAUGAAAGCAACAAUGAAGACAAAAUAUCAAAAGCUGCUACCUUGGGAACUUACCUUCAAGGAGCAGUAACUUUCUGUAAAGAUGAUGCACGUAAAAAAGUUGACUGUUAUACAUUCAAGUACGUACUCUCAGAGCCAGCUAAAAAAAGUCCGGCAGUAGUUAAGCCAGAUGAUGAAAAGGUCAGCAAAUGGGAGGAAUAUCAAGAUACUCUGCGAGAUAUUAAGUGUACAUGGCUCGCUAAAUUAGCGCCAUCAAUAAAGGCAACUGAACAUGCAACAGCUUUGUACAAUGAAUUAAGAACAUCAUACCCUGAGCAUUUACCAGUACACACUGCCAUGUUGACAUCGUUAGACUCGCCAGAAGCGCGACGUCUUCUUCCUCACGAUGAUCUCUCAGAAAGUGCCAUUAAUUUUGCUGACCAAAUGAUUGACGUCGCAGACAAAGUAAUCACAGCUAUCGAGCAAGAAAAAUUACUUGCCUUUUAUGGUAUGAAACACGAUCAACGACCAGAUGCUAUGAAGAUAAAAUCAACCAUGGACAAACAAAAGAAUCUUUUAAUUGAAGCAUUUGUUAAGAAAGGUUGCGCUUAUGCACGAUUAUAUAUUCAUGCGAGAAAACGCGGUGAAACUGAAGCUGCAAUGCAUCUUGCUACAGUAACGCAAAUUUGGAACGAUGUACAAAAGUAUGCCGAGCCAACGGAUAGCAAAGUUUUAAUUUUAUCACUAUGGCAUGCACAUAUUAAUAAACAUUAUGGGCGUUAUCUAAAGCUGUUGACUCGUUACUACGAAGAAAAACCAGUAAGAGAUAUUGAUGAGAAGUUUAUUGAAAUUACAAGGACUGUUGGUUGGGAUCACUGGGCACGUUAUUUAACAACGAGCUUACCUACACGAUAUCCAAAAGCAUACAGACCGUUUUAAUUAAUUAAAUAUAAAUAAAAUGAAAGUGCUUAUUUUUAUUAUACGAAUAAUUUAAACUUCUUUUUUUUCGGUGCAAGUGCAGUGAUAUUAGUAAACUCCGUUAUUCUCACUGAUAUAUUUUAUUAAAAAAUAAUAUCGACUACGUGCUAAUUAAAAUAAGCUCAAAUUAACUCGAAUUUUAUAUAAGAAUUUUUGCAAUUAUUAAGAUUUUUUUUCUUCGCAUAAUAUACAUAUGGCAAUCACUUUUUACUAUAUUUUAAAAAACGAAUCAUGGAUUUUGAUGAAAACUUAAUAUUUUACCGUCUAAUGACGGCAUUAUAUAUAUAUUAUGUACUGAUAAUACUUAAAAAUACUUAAGACGGUUUAUUCUGGACGUAUAUGCGACUUUAACUUUUUACAUACUUAAUUUACAUAUUUCAAAGUGUCUUGUAUUUUAAAUUGCUCAUGUAUAGUUUAUGUGAACAUGGACCGUGAGUUAAGUAUAAAUGCAACUUGUUUUAAAACCAUGUAAUACAACGUAUUGACAACGCGUGAUUAAAUUUAAAUUUUAUGUCCUAAAUAAAUAAAUGAAUUAUUGUAUGAUUGUCUUACUAAUUAAGUGACGAUAAAUAAAAUAUAAAAAUUGAAAUAUA